ACGAAAACGGGGCGAGCGAGGCGCUGCCCUCGGGCAAAGCUUUAAAAUGACAUCAGAAAGCCCUGCUCCACGGCUUGCGGCUGUUUUGUCCAAGGGCGACAGGAGCUGUCGCAUGGGGCAGCGCGCUCCGCUGCGCCACCUUGGCGCUUUGGUGCGUAACUGCGCGUCAGCUUACCUGCUCGGCUUUAUAAGCCGGUCAGGUACCCCUGACCCGCAUCUACCCACCACUGGCCCAUUUGCAGAGACCUGAAUAAUACCCGGCGCCUUGAUUCUCCUUCAACUUCAGUUUCGGCUUCAAGUUCUGCUCAACUUCAAGUUCUCCUUCAACUCCCUCUUCUGCUUCAAGUUCUCCUUCAACUCCCUCUUCUGCUUCAUUUUCUGUUUCAGAUUCUGUCUGCGUGGGCCAGGCUGCCCGAUUGGACAUCAUGAGCCUCCCCACACUUGUGGUGGCAUUGGCGCUGACGUUGUGCGCCUGGAUUACGCUUUGUGGAGACAUUUCGUGCGAUUCCGGAUGGGAGGUGUUCGGCUCCAGCUGCUACAAGAAGAUGCCAGCCACCAACGGUUGGCUGGGGGCCCGUUUACACUGCGCCCUGGAGGGCGGCGACCUGGUCUCCUUCAACUCAUUGGCCGAGGAAGAUUUUGUGAAGGGCAAAAUGGGGGUAGACCCGUUCUGGAUCGGACUCUCCAACCUGGAAUGCGGCCAUAAGUUGUGUCAUCGAAUGUCAGGCAAGGAGCCGAAAUGGUCCGACGACACGCCGCUGAUCUACAGCAACUGGGAUGCCGGUCAAGCCGUAAGCACCACAUCGGAGUCCUGCGCCUACGUCAAGCGAAAAGCAUCUGAUUCCGACCAGUGCGACAAGUGGAGAACCGGCUUGUGCGAGUCCUCCCUGGCGUACAUAUGCAAACGCUCGCCCGACGGCUGCCCGGACGGACAACCGUGCUCCAAGAAGGCUGACCGUUUGGCUCUCUCUCCGGUGCAAACUUCCGCCUGCGACCCCGGCUACUUGCUCUACGGCCCUUUUUGCUACCGCUACUUCUUGGAGACCGAAAAAACUUGGCAGGCAGCUGAGGAUGACUGCGUCGCACGGGGAGGUCACCUGGCAAGCCUCCACUCGCAUGAAGACCGCAAAUGGAUGCUGGGUAAUCCAGGUAACGAUCUCUACGGUGCUCUGUCGGGCACUGGAAUCUAUACCGGCAGCAGCCCGAGGCGCUACAUCUGUCAAAAAGCCAAGUCCACCAGUCCUCCUCCGCCGCUCCCAGCCUGGAGCGACAAAUGCGGCUGGGAGUGGCUGGACAACCCCGCCAACGACUUUUGCUACCUGAUGAGAGGGAACCAGCUCAAAAGCUGGAAGGAGGCGCGCGACGACUGCAACCGCCACAAUGCCCAUCUGCUCAGUAUCACGGACUCUCACGAGCAGGCCUUUGUGCACGGUCACAGCAAGGCCGUGCUCACCACUCCCUCGCUGUGGCUGGACGCCGACGCCCCCUUCGCCGAGAGCGGCGGCCGGUGGGCCGACGGCUCCCCGUUCAGCUACGUCCACCUAAGCGCCGGUCACCAUGGCGACAAAGUUGGGGGACGCUGCCUUUCCUUUCUCAUUGACAACGGCGACUGGAAAUUUGACGUGUGCGAGAUCAAGAGAGGCUACAUCUGCAAGAGAAGAGCGGCGACAGCGCAACAAGCUCCGCUGCCUCACGCCGGUUUCCUCAAGCAAGAGAUAUGCGAGAACGCCGACAACCGAGCCAUUUGCCCCGAGGACAGAGUCAUGCGCAUCCAGUCGGCCUUCUACGGACGGAGGAGCAGCAACGUCUGCUCGGCCCAACGCGGCUCAGACGCCAAAUGUACGGUGGAAGGUGCCCUCCUUCACUACAGGAAAGAGUGCGACAACUGCCACCAGUGCCUCGUCAAGCCCAUGAAGGAGGACCCCUGCCCCGAGGUCUCCAAAUACCUCCAGAUGGUCUACACCUGCGAAACGGACGAGUGUUUUGACAGUUUAGGCAACACCCAAGGCAGCCUGAAAAAGUUGAAGCUGAGAGCCUCCUCCUCAUUGAGCGGCUUCGGCCCCGACAAGGCUUGCCUCAAUGGGAAAAGCUGCUGGAAACCGUUGAAGCCUAUGGACAGCUGGAUCGAGGUGGACUUAGGCGAGAUGAAAAAAGUGACCGGGAUGGAGAUCCAGAUGUGUCCUUGGGCCUCCUCCAGGCACUGGUCCAGGUUUAAGAUGACCCAUAGUUUGGACGGACAGGACUGGACCGGCCACUCCCAGAUGCUUUCCCCCGGAGCGACUCAGACCCUGAUGGAGCCCAUGCUAGCCCAGUUCAUCCGCAUCCUGCCACUGGAUCACCAAUGGAUCGUCGGCCUCCGCUUUGACGUCUUGGGAUGCGCGCUUGACAAUGUGAUCAGCUGCGACGAGCAGUUCGUCAACGUCGCCUUGGACAAGCUGCCCACUACGGUCUUCUGUCCGCCGGGUUGCGCCAAGUUGGACCACCAAGUCUACGGCACGUGGGGGUACAAAGAGGAGUCUCACAUCUGCGCCGCCGCCAUCCACGCCGGCGUCAUCGCUGACAAGACUGGAGGAAAGUGCACCUUGCUGAAAGCGCCGCCGCAGAAGAGCUUCCAAGCAUCCGAACAGAACGGAAUCCUCUCCAAACAAUUGAACCAAGAGGGGCCUUUGGCUUUCACGUUUGCCGACGGAGAGAUGAGAUGCUUGGGACCUGAGUGGGAGGAGUUUGCCGGCUUCUGCUACAAGAUUUUUGAGGACAAGAAGACCUGGGCCGAGGCUCAGCACGCCUGCGGGACUUUUGGCGCCCAGCUGGUGUCCGUGGGUUCCCUAGUGGAGCAGGAGUGGCUGAAGACGACUUUGUACUUUGAUGACGGCGACACGUGGACCGGACUCAAUGACCUGGCUGUUCCCGGCAUGUUCGUGUGGUCAGACCGCCGCCCUGUGACCUUGACCUUCUGGGCUGCCGGAGAGCCCAACAACGAGCUCCCCUUGGACGACAGCUGCGUGGCGGCGGCUUUCCAGACGGGACGCUGGAUGCGGAUGUUGUGCACGCAGCUCAAUCGCUUCGUGUGCAAGAUGCCCAAAGCGCAUUACACCAUCGCCGCUGGAGAGCCCGAGACGGAAAGCGGCGAUUCCAAGGCCUUGUCCAUGGUGUCGACUGGAACUUGCAAAGACCUUGUCCUGGAAAUGAUGAAAGGUCUUCAGGUGGGAAGUACCAUCACCAUCAAAGGGCUGGGCAACGACAAGACCAAGAGCUUCCAAGCCAGCUUGCUCAACGCCGACAACCAAACCAUCCUGCAGCUCAAGCUGGACGCCGAGACCCAAACCGUCAUGCUGAGCUCCCAACUGGACAGCGAGCCGGACCAGCAGCUAAACCAGCUGCAUGUUGCCCGUAUCCCCCUGCAACGUGGCGUGGACUUCAAGAUCGUCAUCAGCUGCGCCCAGCACGUCUUCCGCGUUUUGGCCGGGGGCCACCGGCUGCACUACGCCUACCAGGGCCACCUCCGACUGGCAGACAUCACGCUGCUGCGACUGCAUGGCGACGUGUCGCUGAAGGUCGUCCGCCUGGCGACGGCGCCGCCCACCUGAGCCGCAAAAACUACGACAACACAACAGCGGCGGUCUCGUACCGUGCGCUGCCCGAUAAGCUAAGUUUGUGCAUGUUUUCUUGACACCUCAAAGCACUUACUGAGCUUCAGGAGAGUGAGGAGGGGAAAAAAAAAUAAAAAAUUACAGCAGCUAUCCAGUUAACCAAAUGCAAAAAAAUCUAGAAAAAAAAAAUGGUAUUCCUUUUGUGUUAUACAAUAUCUAUAUAUGUAUCUAUGUAUCUAUCCACCAAUUUUGAAUUCCACCUUUUGAAUUAUAAUUAUAUAUCUGUAUAUAAAGUAAAUAUCUAUCCACUGCCACCGUCUGGGGCUCAUGGCUCCUAAAAAAAAUGUUUUUGAGUGCCCUGUUUUGAAUUCUACAUUUUGAAUUACAAGUAUCU